AAUCCAAAAUCGCACCCUUCAGCUGGAACUAAAAGCCAAGGUUUCAGUUUUCACGUCGUUUUCAGAUGGCGACCUCAGCUUUGCAUCAUCACUACUUCAGUCCAGCCCUGUACAUGUACAUAUAUAAAGGCCACCACUGCGGUACAGACGGACCUACUCCAUCUUGUCUCUGAAUUUAACUAAAUUGUCUUCAGCUCCGUGCAGCUGCUCGUCCUGCUCAGCUCAGGAGAUGGUGGUGAUGGGGCAGCUGGGGAGGUUCAUGGACGGGAUCAAGUCGAAGCUUCGCGGCGGCGGAGGGAGGAAGACAGGGAGGAAGAAGGAGGCGGCGGCGAUGAUGACGUACGACAAGAUGGACAAGACGGAGAGCAUGAGGGUGGAGAUCAGGAGCAGGCAGGCGCAGAAGCUCAUCGCCAAGAACCUCGUCGCCGCCGACUCCAUCGGCCGCCGCAACAAGCGCUUCUUCCUCGCCUUCUGAUUUCUGAUUCAUCAGUUCAUCACCAUCGAGAAUCCAAUUAAGCAAACAAAAUAUAUAUUUAUGUUGUUAUAUUGAUCAUCGCCAACAUCGAAACAUUCAAGCGACAGUAUUUACUAUGUUGUUAUAGAUGCGGAGAAUCCCAUCAAAACAGUUACUGAAAUUUUGCUGUUCGUCAGGAGAUUCCACGAAGAAUUGUUUACAGUGUUUGUGGAUGAAGUG